GCUCCUGCCUGUUUAAACGGAAAGGACACAGAUCCUGUCUGUUCAAUGUAUAAAAAAAAAUCCCAAUCAGAGCAGGCUGAGAGAGGGGGAGGCAGAGAGUGUGUAUGUGUGCCAGAGAGAGAAACACCGUGUCAGAGAGAGAAAAGCCAACAGGAUCCUCUAUGUAUAUAAAGAUGGCCACGUUAGCUAAUGGACAAGCAGACAACAUCAGCCUGAACAGCAAUCACAGCAACAACCCCAACACCAACGGGCACAUGAACGGAUUAAACCACAGUCCCGGGAGCACUUCCACCAUCCCCAUGAAGGACCACGAUGCCAUCAAGCUCUUCAUUGGGCAGAUCCCUCGCAAUCUGGACGAGAAGGACCUGAAGCCUCUCUUUGAGGAGUUCGGCAAGAUCUAUGAGCUGACAGUGUUGAAGGACAGGUUCACGGGCAUGCACAAAGGCUGCGCCUUCCUUACAUACUGUGAACGAGAAUCGGCUCUGAAAGCUCAAAGUGCUCUGCACGAACAGAAGACUCUCCCUGGGAUGAACCGACCAAUCCAGGUGAAGCCAGCAGACAGCGAAAGUCGAGGAGAAGACAGAAAACUCUUCGUGGGCAUGUUGAACAAACAACAGUCAGAAGACGAUGUCCGUCGGCUAUUUGAAGCUUUUGGGAAUAUCGAGGAGUGUACAAUCCUUCGAGGACCAGAUGGAAACAGCAAAGGAUGUGCGUUUGUCAAAUACUCAUCGCAUGCGGAAGCACAGGCAGCCAUUAACGCCCUACAUGGGAGUCAGACGAUGCCGGGUGCGUCAUCGAGCCUGGUGGUGAAGUUUGCAGACACAGACAAGGAGCGCACAAUGAGACGCAUGCAACAAAUGGCAGGGCAGAUGGGAAUGUUCAACCCCAUGGCGAUCCAGUUCGGAGCAUACGGCGCCUAUGCACAGGCACUGAUGCAGCAACAGGCCGCUAUUAUGGCUUCGGUCGCACAGGGUGGAUACCUGAACCCCAUGGCUGCCUUCGCGGCCGCCCAGAUGCAACAGAUGGCAGCCCUGAACAUGAACGGCUUGGCCGCCGCUCCCAUGACACCAACAUCAGGUGGCAGCACCCCACCCGGUAUCACCGCACCAGCUGUGCCUAGUAUUCCCUCUCCAAUCGGGGUGAACGGCUUCACCGGCAUACCGCCCCAAGCUAAUGGACAACCAGCUGCAGAAGCCGUGUUCGCCAAUGGAAUCCAUCCAUAUCCAGCACAGAGCCCCACCUCGGCAGACCCCCUGCAGCAAGCCUACGCCGGAGUGCAGCAGUACGCAGGUCCUGCUUAUCCUGCUGCCUAUGGACAGAUCAGUCAAGCAUUCCCCCAGCCACCACCCAUGAUCCCACAGCAACAGCGAGAAGGACCCGAAGGCUGCAACCUGUUUAUCUACCAUCUGCCCCAGGAAUUUGGGGACGCCGAGCUCAUGCAGAUGUUCCUGCCUUUCGGUAAUGUCAUCUCCUCGAAAGUGUUUGUGGAUCGGGCGACAAACCAAAGUAAAUGCUUUGGUUUUGUGAGUUUUGACAAUCCUGCCAGUGCCCAGGCGGCCAUCCAGGCCAUGAAUGGCUUUCAGAUUGGCAUGAAGAGGCUGAAGGUGCAGCUCAAGAGGCCGAAAGAUGCCAACCGCCCUUACUGAGAUACUUCAGGAGCCUCUGGAAACAAGGACUAG